GCCCCGGGGUCGGCUCGUGCAGCCAAACCUGCCGUGGUCUCCGCGGGAGGCGGGCGGCCGGGCCUUCAGAGCCCUUUCCGAGAGCACGUUUGCUGGCAUGUCUGACGCCGGGCUUUCCCGUUGUGGCCGACGGGUCGCUGUCUCCGAUCCCCACAGGUUUUUCUCUCUCCGAGUUGGAUGGUAGCUCUUUAGAGGGGGGUGACGUCAGUGAAAGGAUCUUUAGUUUCUUGGAGUCAUUGGCUUUGGCUACAUGAACCGUGGAGCUCACUUAGUCUGUAGGAUGCAGUUGACUGUUCAGACCCUUUAAAUAACAGGAACUUGGCUGUGUUGUUCUGCCUCAGAGAAGAACUCCUCUUGCAGGCCUUGCCUGGGUAGCAGCCUUUGAGAACAAGGGAAGGUCGGCACAAUAUCAACUGCAACACAGCAUGGGAUUUCCGGAGAGGUCUUGUUUCGAGACUUUAUAAAGAACAAGAACCACAUGGACUUCUGCAUGGGAAAUUGAACUGGCCUGAGGCCGAGGGGAAGGAUGAUGUGUGCCCAACCCGUACCUAACACCACGGAGAUCAGGUGGCAGAAAGUCUUAUAUGAGCGACAGCCCUUUCCCGAUAACUACGUGGACCAGCGGUUCCUGGAAGAGCUCCGGAAGAACAUCCAUGCCCGGAAAUACCAGUACUGGGCUGUGGUAUUUGAAUCCAGCGUGGUGAUACAGCAGCUGUGCAGCGUCUGCGUUUUUGGGGUCAUCUGGUGGUAUUUGGACGAGGGUCUUCUGGCCCCGCGCUGGCUUUUAGGGACUGGCCUGGCUUUGUCACUGACUGGCUAUGUUUUGUUCGAUCUCCUUGAUGGAGGUGAAGGACGGAGGAAGAGUGGGCGGACCCGGUGGGCUGACCUCAAGAGCGCCCUGGUCUUUAUUACUUUCACGUACGGCUUCUCGCCCGUGCUGAAGACCCUGACAGAGUCUGUCAGCACGGACACCAUCUACGCCAUGUCGGUCUUUAUGCUCUUAGGCCACCUCAUCUUCUUCGACUAUGGGGCCAAUGCCGCCAUUGUGUCCAGCACCCUGUCCUUGAAUAUGGCCAUCUUUGCUUCUGUCUGCCUGGCCUCACGCCUGCCCCGGACCCUGCAUGCUUUCAUCAUGGUGACAUUUGCCAUCCAGAUUUUUGCCCUGUGGCCCAUGUUACAGAAGAAACUGAAGGCAUGUACUCCCCGCUGCUAUGUGGGAGUCACAUUGCUCUUUGCAUUCUCAGCCGUGGGGGGCCUGUUGUCCAUUAGUGCGGUGGGGGCCACCCUCUUUGCACUUCUGCUGGUGUCUAUCUCCUGCCUCUGCCCUUUUUACCUCAUUCGCCUACAGCUUUUUAAAGAAAACAUUCAUGGGCCUUGGGAUGAGGCUGAGAUCAAAGAAGACUUGUCCAGGUUCCUCAGCUAAGUUAGGGAACUCCGUUCUGUUAUUCAGGCAAGCUGAUAGACUAGCCUCCCAACUAGGACCCAGUCGAAGGCAGAGUCCCAUUCUGGAAGCAGCAGGCUGAUGUGGUGGGAGAACAGAGAUCCAAAGAAGAAGUGAACCAAAGGCUUUGGUGGUGAAGGUGCUUGUCCUUUCUGUUGCUUGGGGGAUGAAAAAGCUUUCUGGGGCCCUCAGGCAUGGUUACCUCCCAUGUCUUACUCACUGUAACAGAUGGAGUGAUGUGGUUUCUAUUUAUUAAAAACUAACAACAUAUCCAGCAAAUUGUGUCUUGGUUUUUCUGUAAGCAGAAGGCCAAUAGAGGGGGCAUGAAAAGUGAAGAGAUAAUAAAAACGCGUGAUUGUGUGUUAAUAAAGUCACUUCUCUACCCUUUUCAAUGUACUAAUUCAGGCUCCGUUAUUUAUCUAGAGCUCAGAUCCUAUAACUCUGGAUGCCAUGUCUAGUUUUGUUGCCUAACACUAUAGAGUUGGUCUCUUAACCUUAACUCAGAGUUUCUACUUGGUUCUUAGUGAAACAUGUAUGUGCCAUAAUAUGCAGCAAAAUGCUGGGGGAAUCCAAAGAGGCUGGAAGUCAGAUUGAGCCGGAGUAGUAGGAAAUAUUUACGAGAAGAGAUGGCAUUUG